CCAAAGAGCCAUAUAUAAUAUUAACAAUUUGUUCAAACACAUUCAACCUCCAAAAUUGUUUUUCCAAUUCAAAGCUUUACAAGACCCUAUUGAAGCUUCGAGUAGCUUUAGUUUAGUACCUGUUCUUUUGUACAUUAGACAUGUUUUUCCUAACGGAGAAAAAUGAGUGAAAAUAUAAAAGUUGUAGUUCGAUGUCGACCGAUGAACCGAAGCGAAAAUGAAAGUAAAUGUGAAAACAUUGUUGAAAUUAAUGAUUACGUCGUUUCUGUCAUAAAUCCUUUGGCUCGCCUCGUUCCUAAAAAAAUGUUCAUUUUUGAUAGUGCCUAUGAUAUGAUCACAAAAACUGAAGAGAUUUAUAACGAAAUGUGCUAUUCAUUGGUAGAGAGUACUAUCGAGGGAUAUAACGGAACCAUUUUUGCUUACGGCCAGACUGGGUGUGGAAAAACACACACAAUGCAGGGCGACGGAAAUUGGAACAAUAUCAAGAGCAGUGGAAUAAUUCCUAAAUGUUUCGAACAUAUAUUUGAAAGAAUAUCAAUGGCAACAAAUGUUAGAUAUUUGGUUUUGGUAAGCUACUUGGAAAUUUACAAUGAAAAUAUACGAGACUUGCUCAACACAAAUGAGAGUACCAGCAUGAUAAAUCAUUCACUUAAAGAAAUACCAGGAGUCGGUGUCUCAGUACCAACGUUGACUACUCAUUCUGUUAUUAGUGCAAACCAAUGCUCUGAAUGGUUAAACUUGGGAAAUAAAAACCGCGUUACUGCAGCGACAUUAAUGAAUGAAAAAAGCUCACGCUCGCACACUAUAUUUACUAUCACCUUGGAACAAUCUCCAUUUUUUAAUAGUGUUGUACCGGAGAAUGACUUAGGAGGAAUUCGUCGGGGAAAAUUAUGCUUAGUUGACCUAGCUGGUUCAGAACGACAACUUAAGACUGGCGCUCAAGGUGAACGGCUUAGAGAAGCGUCUAAAAUUAAUUUAUCACUUUCUGCAUUGGGACACGUAAUUUCGUCUUUGGUUGAUGGUAAAGCAAAGCAUGUACCAUUUAGAGACUCAAAACUUACACGACUGCUUCAGGAUUCCUUAGGAGGUAAUACAAAAACUCUUAUGAUAUCUUGUAUUUCGCCAUCACACAUAAAUUAUGACGAAACUAUAUCUACACUUCGUUAUGCAAGUAGAGCAAAGAAAAUUUCAAACAAACCUAAAAUCAAUGAAGAUCCAAAAGAUGCAAAGCUUCGCCAAUACCAAAAUGAAAUUAUACAUUUAAAGAAGAUGCUCCAAGAGACUCAACAAAAAAUCAUUUUUGAAAAGGAUGAAAAAAAAAAACCAGCCGAAUUACCCAUGGUAAAACUAGAUAUUCUACCUUCAAAAUCAAUAAAAGAUGUUCAAAUAAUUAAAUCAGACCAAAACGCAGGCAUUUUUUCCAAAACAAUGAACUCAUUAUCAACAAAGCCAAGUCUUUCAUCUGUAAAAUCACAAGAAGAGCUACAACUGCAAGCACGAAGUCGUAUUGAAUUUAUCAAACGCUCUUUAAUUGGCGGUGAACGUGUUGAUGACUUAAAACUUAUGGAACAGCACAAUGCACGCAGAUUUGCAGCACAGCGCCACUUAAGUGCAAUUGCCCACGCUUUAAGCAGAGUCAAAUGUGAGGACCGCGACCUUUUGCAAGGACAUUAUGCUACUAUUGCCCAGGAAAUAAGCAUAAAAAAUGAUCACAUCGGAAAAUGCAAAACCAAAAUAAAAAUGCUUGAAAUGGAAGUUGCCGACUUAAAUUCAGAGUUCCAGUUGGAUAGAGAGGAUUACUUGGAAGAAAUUCGAAUUCUUGGACGUCAUAUAAAGUUUUAUCAACAAUUGUUUUAUAAAUUUCAACCGAUUUUUCGACAACAGAGCAGAAACUGCUCCCGCUUAGAGUCCCCAAUACAAAAAUUUUUUAAUGCACAAUCUUGUCAGAGGUGAUAUUGUCUCCAUAGAAUUGGUAAGCCACUUAUCUUACAAUGUACCCUUUAGACCAACCCGCAACUACCAUCCUCUUAACUUUCCAAGAUGUACAUAGAAUUUUUGCCUGUAUGAACCCUUUCGUGUUCUUUGUAAUAAUUAUAAUAAUUAAUAUAUUUUUUUAACAUAACAAUUAAUUUUAACAUAAUUGCACCGCACUUAGUUUUAGUUUUUUUAUAAAUGUCUCUAUAUUAUGUUAUUUGUAUUUUCCUCGCGAGCUUGAUAUCCAGCGCGUAACAAGUUCGUGCUUGGUUUCGUUGGGCCACUUAUUUGUACUUUUUAUUGUGCCUUUGUUUGAGUUCUUCAUUAUCUGUUUAUUCUAGCUAACAGCUAUGUAACUUUUAUCAAGAAAAGGUACGUUCAGCACAACAAUCGUAAGAAAUCUAUCAGUGAUCAUGUUGUCUUUCUGAAUAUUUAUUAUAGUUUUGCUCGUCAGUGUAUAAAGCAGUCUCCUUCUCUGCAUUUUCGUUUUUAUGCGAAGAAUGCAAUUUUUACUUGUUAACUAUUAAAACAUAACAUUACAUUUUUAAACUAGGACACCGGAUACUAUUUUGCAAAACUCUUCAUGGAAUGAUGAUCUUAAAAUGUGGAGAAUCCCAGUGAUCGAAUCAUUAAAACUUCCACCGGCGACUCUAAAGUCCGGACUUCAUAGAACUCAUAGUUCUG